AUGCGCAUGAUUGAAGUCAUCGCGAACGACCGACUUGGGCGCAAAGUGCGCGUCAAAUGCAGCCCAGACGAUACUGUGGGCGACUUAAAGAAGCUCAUUGCUGCACAGACGGGAACGGCCCCCGAGAAAAUUAUCCUGAAAAAGUCGUACAGUACAUUCAAGGACCACAUUACAUUGGCGGACUACGAGAUUCACGAUGGCGAUUCGCUUGAGCUGCAUUAG